AUGGAUCCCGAGGUCCAAUCACAGCUCGAGAAUUCGGCUACCGAUGCCACCCAGCAACUAUCCGAGUCUGUUCACCAACUGCCCACUCCACCGCCCCCCAGUAGCGCAAUACCAGAGCAACUCGAAGAAAGACCAAUGAUAUCUGUUCCUCAAGUCACCACACAAGAUUCAGAGUCUCUUACCCCUAUCAAGCCAAGUACACCUGAUGUUCAGGACAACAAACACAAUGCCACCCCGCCAGCUCCCGAACAACCCAAACAAAAGCUUACAGAGACUGACCUAUUGCGUGAACGCCUCAAGCGUGACCCUCUAGACACAUCAGCUCAUCAGCGUCUUAUCGGAAUUGCUGAAGCUUCAGGCGACGUUGAAAAGAUACAGAGCGCGUACGAAGGCCUCCUCGACGCCUUUCCAAAUGCAACUUCAGCCCAAAUCGCCUACCUCAACCACUUUCUCACACCGGCCCUCUUUUCCAAAGCAGAGUUGUUGUUCUCCCGAUUUCUCCGCAGUUCUAUAUCCCCCGAACUAUGGAAGUUCUACCUUGCUUAUGUUCGUCGUACUAACUCUGCGAUCGCUGACCCUCAAACGCGUGAGGUCGUAAAGAAAGCAUAUGAGUUUGCCUUGCUUCAUAUUGGACAUGACCGAGCUGCAGGUGACAUUUGGCGCGAAUACAUCGACUUUGUCAAGGCGGGCGAGGCAAAAACAACAUGGGAGGAACAACAAAAGAUGGACGCCCUUAGGCGGCUAUAUCACCGAAAAGGCAGCUGCCCACCGCGUGACCCUGCGAUUCCUGCUCCUCCAGAUUUUAACCUCCCGACACCACCCGCAUGGACCGAGUCCGAUCGAGCAGCCGUCCAAGGGUGGAAAGCCUAUGUUAAAUGGGAAGAGUCCAACCCCCUAGACUUGGAAGACACGGCCGCCUUACAUGGCCGUGUCUCGGCAGCUUACCGUAAAGCGUGUGCGGCUAUGCAAUUCUAUCCUGAAAUAUGGUACUUGGCAUACAAUUGGGCUAAUGCUUCCGGUAAGCCAGAUGAUGCGAUGGCCAUUCUCAAACAAGCAAUGGAGGCAAACAAGUCCAGUUUCCUAUUACAUUUCGCAUACAACGAAAUAUGUGAAGUCCAGAAAAAGUACCCCGAGGUUCAUUCGACAUUUGAAGGGCUUGUCGAAGCGGCCAAGGCCAAUGCCCCCCCUGUGGACUUUAUGGCCCCUCCAGAAGAUCAGUCCGUGCCCUCAGAAGCCGACGCCAUCCUCGCCCGACGAACUCCCGAACUAAACGAACUCAAAUCCGAGCUGGGCGUCGUGUGGAUCAUGCACAUGCGGUUCGCCCGGCGCUCCGAGGGGUUGAAACCUGCCCGAACUAUAUUCGGCAAAGCAAGAAAGGACAAGCACAUAUUUUGGAAUGUGUACGAGGCUGCAGGUGUGUUUCGAGGCGUUGAUGGAAUAUCAUUGUACGAAAGCCCAGAUGUGGCGACCAAGAUAUUUGAGCUGGGUUUAAAGGUUUUUAGUGAUAACCCAGAUUAUGUGUUGCGCUAUCUUGGGUUCCUUAUUUCGAUCAAUGACGAAAACAAUGCCCGAGCGUUGUUUGAACGUGUGAUCACAACCUUUCCUCCCGAAAAGGCACGACCGAUUUGGGAUAGGUGGUCUCGCUACGAAUACAACUUUGGCGACCUGAUAGGCUCUCAGAAACUUGAGAAACGCUUGGCCGAGAUCUACCCAAAUGAUCCUCCUAUUAAGCGUUUCGCAAAUCGGUAUACGUAUUUGGGAGUCGACACGAUCGCAUCGAAUGAUCUCGGUUUCAAGGUCGUUCGACAAUCCGGUUCGGCAGGAGGCGUAGCCGCCCCCGCAAGUCCGCCCACUUCCAAUGCCAAACGAGCGGCUUCUCCACCUCGUCGUGCUCCAGAUCCGCCCGCGAAGCGGUUCAAGGGUCAAGCACCGGACGCAGAUCGUGCCCGGGAGCAAGAAAGAGAACGGGAGCGAGAGCGGGAUCGAGAUCGUGAGAGGGAACGAGACCGGAUGGAAAGAGAGCGAGAACGUGAGCGGGCGGAGCGUGAAAAGGAGCGUGAGCGUGAGAGAGAUCGCGAGAGGGACCGGGGAGAUCGACGGGGUGCUGGUGCUGGUGGAGGUGCUGGCGCUGGCGCUGCUGGUGCAGGAGGGGGCGGAGCUGGAAGAUGGGAAGGGCCCCAAUCUCGUAGGCCAAACAGCCCACCUCCAUACCGAAGAGGGUAUGAUGGCCCUGGACGGAGACAUGAGGAUGCCCAUGAUGAAGGUGGGCUUCCACCCUUGGUGGCCAAGUUUGUGGCGUCCCUUCCGGCGUCUCAGGCAUUUGACGGUCCUGUAUUCCGUACCGAUGAUUUGCUUACCUUGUUCAAAAAUGUUAAUUUGCCUUCGAGAUCUCCACCUCCACAGAGAAUGAGAUCGCGUUCUCCCACAAGAGGUGGACGACCCCCACAGACUAUGGCCCAUACCAAGGACCCGACCGUGGCUCAAGCCGCAGAGGAAGAUACUAAUUAG